GCACGUUCGUCAGAAAACAGCUCAAGGCUUCAUAGCGGCACAACACGGACUUUACCAGCAUAAACAUUUUGCAUCCCUUGGACAGCGGAGCGAGUACUACAUCUAAAGUUCAGCACAUAGCCCUUCCUUCUGGUCCUAAAACUCUGCCUGAAGCUCUCACAUGCUGAACUUUGUCCCAAUCACCUCACUGCCAAACCCCACCACGUUUCUCUGCAUGCUGAAGCUGAGAGUCCUUUCAGCCUUUGCUCUGAGGGAGACUGGAAGCACAAACAGAGAGCGCAGGUUUCAAGGAGAGGUAUCUGCUGGCUGCGACGCUCCCGAAUUUCUUUCAGAGAUGCAUAGGCUGACCCUGAUGACACUGGCAGUGUUGCUCUGCUCAUCGUCCUUGGUAAAUGGGGGAAAAGUCUUGGUCUUUCCUAUGGAUGGAAGUCACUGGGUAAACAUGAAUGUCAUCAUAGAAGAGCUUCAUGCUAGAGGCCAUGAAGUUACAGUGGUGUUGCCAUCUGGUGCCUGGUACAUCAAGCCAAACUCUCCCCACUACAAGUCCAUUACUAUAAACCUUUCUGCAGGAUAUGAUACAAAAAGCUUUGAAUUAUAUGUUACAAGAAUCCUGAACAGUAGGCGCAACGGUUCUUCAUUGUGGACCCGCAUAUCUUUAGAGUUCGAUGUACUUACACAGUUCUAUCGGAUGCAUAUGCAGGGACUUCAGAUGGCUAAACAAAUUUUUGAGGAUGAAGAAAUGAUGCGGAACCUCCGGGAUGCCAAAUAUGAUUUGGUUCUUACAGAUCCUGCAGUAGGUGGAGGUGUUCUUCUUGGUCAUCGUUUGGGUCUUCCACUUGUCUUUAAUGUCAGGUGGUCUAUUCAGGGUGAGGGGCAUUUUGUUAUUGCACCCUCCCCACUCUCGUAUGUCCCAAUACCAGGAUCAGAGUUGACUGACAGGAUGACAUUCAUGCAGAGGGUCAAGAACGUCCUCAUUUAUAUCAUAACAUGUAUUCAGUUUUGGUAUAUUGUCGAACCACUCUAUUCACCAUUUGUCCAUCAUCACUUUGGCAAAGAUGUACAUUACAUGGAGCUGUUUCAGGCGGCUGACAUCUGGCUGAUGAGAAACGAUUUCACCUUUGAGUUUCCACGACCAACAAUGCCAAACAUCAUCUACAUGUCAGGAUUCCAGUGCAAACCCUCCAAACCUCUUCCCAAAGAACUGGAGGAAUUUGUACAGAGUUCUGGAGAACAUGGUGUCAUUGUGAUGACAUUGGGGACAUUGGUUGAACAUCUUCCAGAGGACCUCACUGAGGAAAUUGCUGCUGCUUUUGCUGAACUUCCCCAGAAGGUGAUCUGGAGGCACAAAGGAAAGAAACCGUCCAUCCUUGGCAAAAAUACCUUAAUCUUGGACUGGUUACCUCAAAAUGACCUUCUGGGCCAUCCUAAAACCAAAGUGUUUGUGGCUCAUGGAGGCACCAAUGGAAUGCAAGAGGCCAUCUAUCACGGUGUGCCCCUGGUCGGCCUGCCCCUCAUGUUUGAUCAGCAAGACAACUUCUUCAGGAUGGCAUCAAGAGGGGUGGCCAAAGUCCUUGACAUUGCAACAGUAAAUAAAAACAUCUUCUUGGAGGCUCUGAAGGAGGUUCUCUAUGAACCUUCCUACAGAGAGAAGAUGAAGGAGCUGUCCAGCCUCCACAGAGAUCAGCCCAUGAAACCUUUGGACCGAGCCAUCUUCUGGAUCGAGUUUGUCAUGAGGCAUAAAGGAGCGGCUCAUUUGAGAACAGAGUCCUAUAAGAUGUCAAAAAUCCAGUACCACUCCUUUGAUGUUUUGGCAUUCCUGUUGACAAUUGUUCUACUGCUCUUUACUAUUAUUAUUUAUGUAGUCAGGUUUCUCUGGAAGAAACUCUUUUAUAGAAGCAAAGCUAAAAAGGAAUGAUGAAAUUGCUUCCAGAUUGAAGCACAUGUAUCCUAAAUAGUGCAGUUGGCAACAAUGCAUGUUAGAUUUUUAUGUCUUCCAGUAUAAAUUAUUCAGCAAUAAAUUAUUCGAGUAACUAAUAAGAUAAAAUGUUGAAGUUUAACCUCUCACUAUUCAGAAAUGUCAAACAAGAAUGUCAUGUCAGUAUUUUUGGUCACGUCAUCUUUUAGGGAUAUCUGAAACUGUAAAUAAUGGGCAAAGAUCAGUAAAAGCAGGUUUUCAGUAGGAAAAAAUCUGUAACUGAAAGGUGUGCUUGUUUUUCCCAAUCAUUUCAAACCAAUGAUUUAAACUUGUAAUACAGGCAUAUUUAUUUCACCGUAAAUCAAUUAAACAAGUUGAUGAACAUUACUGAGUGAGAUUUUGGUUUAACGUUACAUUUCUGUUGUCGAGAACUCAAUGUUUAGAUUGACAACUUAAACGUGUGAACUUCCAGGAUAUCUGGAAACUACAAAAUAGGAGUUUGUAACUUAAAUUAGAGAUGCCAACCUGCAAACUAUUCAUAAAACAAACUAACUUUGACAAAAUGCUCUCUGAUUCAUCCCUAUGUUAAUAAAAAUUGUCUUAAAACAUUUUAUUAUGUUUGCUGAUCUCUACAGAUCAACAUCAAUUUAGAUCAUGACAUAAACAUAAAAAUGAAAUACCUUUUAAGAGCUAAACUGCCCCCAUCCUCACCCGAAGUCUCAAAACAUGUCAACACAAAAAAUAAAAGAUAAAUCCUAAUAUCUGGCAUGUAAAUGUGUAACAUCAAGUAAAGUAACAUAAAGUUAAAACCCAGCUUUAAUAACCAAUAAUAAGCUGCUUCUUUCUAGAAAUGUCUGCCAAACAUGUCCUAUCCUCCACUGUUUACCUGGUAAUCUGGCUUAUUUAGCAGAAUUUCAAACUAUUAGGCUCUUUAAGAUCAUUUUGUAUUAAACAUUUUUAGGCUUUUAUCUUACAACUCAGUAUUUGUAAGUAUUAUAUUGCUGUUUUCUCAUUAUUACAAACUAAUGAAUGAGAGCCCUAUCUAAAACGCUCUGAUUAGACAAAGGAAAGAAACCUGCUUAUAACAUCAUUCCAAGGUGACUCUCUUAAGGCCUGGGGCCCCUACAUGUCUGUGAAUUCUUCCCUGGCAUGUUGAUAGAACUCAAGGCCCAGAACGAUAUCUUUGUCUUGUACGCUCCAGUCUGGGAACCAUCUGUGAGACUGCUGCAGCAGGGAGAACGGGGAGGGGGGAGUGAAUACCUUCAUCAGGUCAGAAAGAGUAUCAGAUCACAUAGCAAGGAUAGCACGGGUAUUUUCUGAAUGAAAUGUAACGAUGAGAUGGGAAACACGCCUUCUAAUAAGGUCUAUGUUUGUCUCGUCACCUUCCACAGAAUGUUUUCCCAAAGAUCUUGGGGAUCAUCAAGAUAUUUUUACGAAAUGUGAGAUUGGCAUUAGUGUUCUUUAUGGUCAGCAGAGGUUUUGGCAUUUGAUUUCUCCAACUGAGGCCAUUUUUGCUCAGUCUCUCGUUCGUAUUGUUAAAUCAUGAACUCUGACCUUAACUGCGGCCGUGAGGCCUGCAGAGCUUUAAAUGUUGUUUUGUGUUCUUCUGUAACCUCCCAGUUGAGUUGUCUAAGAGGUCUUUGAUUAAUUUUGGUAAGCCAUCCACUCCUGAGAACGUUCACCACUGUUUCAUGUUUUCUGUAUUUAACAAUUCUCACUGUGGUUCUCUGGAGUCCCAAAGUCUUAGAAAAGACUUUGUAACCCUUUCCAGGCUGAUAAGAUGUCAAUAAAUGUUUUUCAACCAUUUUUGAAUUGCUUUGAUGGGGGCACGGUAUGUUGUUUGUUGAGAUAUUUCAGCCUACAUCAUGUUGUCAGACAGGUUCUAUUUAGGUGCUAGUGAAACUCAAUCUAAAAUUAGAUUAAUCACAAUUAAUUCAUAAUUUAGCAAUGGAGGCAAUUCAAUUUUCCUGCACAGCCUGGUUGGUUUGGGAAGCUUUGUUGCAUAAUAAAUGAAAUCAUCACCUGAAAA